GGCUUCGCCUCUCCCCGCCUCCUGGGCCCGCAGACCGGAAGCAGUCCGCGCCGGGGGCUUCUGGGAAACGGCUUGUGAGCGGUGUUUCUGCGUCUGCCGUGGACAGCGAAGCUGCCGAGGUUCCUGAGACGGAGGAGUGCCUGUGAAGAAAAAGAGGUAUUUCUCUGAGGUCUGUAUCCUGCCUUGUCUUUUCUUGAAGUAUUAUAAAUCAGGAUGUCUGCACAGUCAGUGGAAGAAGAUUCAAUACUUAUCAUCCCAACUCCAGAUGAAGAGGAAAAAAUUCUGAGAGUGAAGUUGGAGGAAGAUCCUGAUGGUGAAGAGGGAUCAAGUAUCCCUUGGAACCAUCUCUCUGAUCCAGAGGUUUUCCGGCAGCGAUUCAGGCAGUUUGGAUACCAGGAUUCACCUGGGCCCCGUGAAGCUGUGAGCCAGCUUCGAGAACUUUGCCGUCUAUGGCUCAGGCCAGAGACGCACACUAAAGAACAAAUCUUGGAGCUGGUAGUGCUGGAGCAGUUUGUUGCCAUCCUGCCCAAGGAGCUGCAGACUUGGGUUCGAGAGCAUCAUCCAGAGAAUGGAGAGGAGGCAGUGACAGUGCUGGAAGAUUUAGAGAGUGAACUAGAUGACCCUGGACAGCCGGUUUCUCUCCAUCGAAGAAAACGGGAAGUGCUAGUUGAAGAGAUAGUAUCUCAAGAAGAAGCUCAGGGAUUACCAAGUUCUGAGCUUGAUGCUGUGGAAAACCAGCUCAAAUGGGCAUCCUGGGAGCUCCAUUCCCUAAGGCACUGUGAUGAUGAUGCUAGGACUGAAAAUGGAGCGCUAGCUCCAAAACAGGAGAUUCCAUCCGCAGUAGAAUCUCAUGAAGUUCCUGGCACUCUCAAUAUAGGUGUUCCUCAGAUUUUUAAAUAUGGAGAAGCCUGUUUCCCUAAGGGCAGGUUUGAAAGAAAGAGAAAUCCUUCCCGAAAGAAACAGCAUAUUUGUGAUGAAUGUGGAAAACACUUCAGUCAGGGCUCAGCCCUUAUUCUUCAUCAAAGAAUCCAUAGUGGAGAGAAACCCUACGGAUGUGUUGAAUGUGGGAAGGCAUUCAGUAGAAGUUCUAUCCUUGUGCAACACCAGAGAGUCCAUACUGGAGAAAAACCUUACAAAUGUCUUGAAUGUGGAAAAGCUUUUAGCCAGAAUUCUGGGCUUAUUAAUCAUCAGAGAAUCCAUACUGGAGAGAAACCUUAUGAAUGCGUUCAGUGUGGGAAAUCGUAUAGUCAAAGCUCAAAUCUUUUUAGACAUCAGCGACGACACAAUGCAGAAAAACUUCUGAAUGUUGUGAAAGUUUAAGAAAUUUAAAAACGAAGUCAACACUCAGGUCUUUUUCUUCAGAAAUGAAGACAAAAUUAAACACAUGGAAUGAUACAUAAUAGUUUUAUUUCCCUAUAGACUGUUAGAAAAUCCACUGGGAAAUGUAGGAUAUCAUCACCCACCAUUAUUAUUUUAUCUUGAAAGAAAUGGUGUCAUACCUGCCUAGAAACUGAAAUUUUAAACUUAAUUCAGGUGUUAAUGCCUAAAUCUUCCAUGUGAUGUUUGUAUUCUUACUAUUUUUUCCAAAUAAUGAUCUAAUUCCUUGUCCCUUUCUUAAAAGUUUCCUUUUUAGACAGAUACAUUAUUCUUUGUUGAUCAUUGAAAUGUUACAUUCUCUUCUACAUUAAAAGGCAACAUUGGAAUUAUAAAGUCUGAAAACAAACAAUUUUUUUCAAAAUUUACUCUUCUGUUUCCUUUUACCCAAUUUGGAUAUGCAUUUCAGAAAACAGAAGAUGAAGGAUGACUAAAGCUUCAAAGUAAAAUUAGAAGUGAUAGUGAUGAAAUAAAAUGUGAAUGGGACACCUAGAUCGGAGAAGAUAACAAAAAUACCUUGAUCUAAGAAUUGAAGUGUAUCAAGAAUUUAAUUAUCUGUCUGCAGGAAAACUCAAAAAUGGCACAUCCAAUCUGUAAUUUGGAGGCAUCCCACUAAAUGGAAAGAAUGUUCUCCCAUGUAUCAUUAGAAAGUGAACAGUCUAAACAAUAAUUGUAAACUAUGAAAGUAGAAAUAACACUAGAAGAGCAAUUGCAGUGAAUGGCAGUGUUGAAGGGCAAAUGUAAAAGAGUAAUGGUCUGUCUCGGCUUUUAGAAAACAAAAAAGACUUGAAGAUCCAAUUCAUUAUCAUUUUGCCUUCAUUUUAUUAAGGACAGAAAAUUCCCUGACAGGCAACAAGUAAUCAGGUUUGCUGUUUUAUUCCUUUGGUAAAAAAGAUUUGAACACCAGGCUAACUAAGCAGCCACACAUUCAUUUAUUAAAACAUUUUCUACCGAUAAGACACUGUGCUAAGUACUGUAACCCUACCAUAAGUAGGUAGGUAUUUCUUCCACUGUAAAUUAUUGAGGGUUUGGUACAAAGCUGCUUCAUGUGAGUUAGCCUCUUACUCCCUGUCCUAAGCAGUCCUAGGGGAGGUCACCUCUGAAAUUCCCAGAGCCAUAGUUCUCUUACCAGGGUGUUGUAUUUGGGGGAAGGGAAGACUCAGCUCAAAGAGCUAGCCAUCUCUCCAGGAUUCUUCAGAGGUGAGUCCAGAAUACUCGCUAUCACAGUGUGGAAGUUUGUGGGUUUUCUUAAAAAACUAAUCAAUCUCUAGUUGCAUUGAGGUUGUACUUACAUGUUAAUUUGAAUGGAUUGUUCUAUUUAAAAAAAUAACUAGGUUAUUAACAACUAGUUUAUUAACAGGAUUGAAUUAUUUUUUUUAAUUUUAAGUCUUAACACAUUUCUAAAAAUGUAUGAAAGUAAUACAUUGUAGUAGUAGGAUUAUAUACUCCUUGGCUGAGAAUCCCAAGUACUGUGGUUCUACUAUUUAGUGGAAAACUCUGGAAUUUAAAAUAGAAUAUGAGAAAAGUCUUUUUUUAUAGUGGGUAUCAUUGUAUGGAAAAUGACCCAUGUGAAUAAAAAUAUUUCAUAGUUCCAGAGAUUUUGGUUACAUCUGGUGCUUGGAACAAAUUUUAAAAAUGGAAGGUGAGAUUUGCAUGAGCCUUUUAAAAAGCAUAGUAAUAAAUGCAAGGCCAGCUGUUGGAGAAGUGAGGCAGAAUGGAGCCUGUUUAUAGAUUUUUUGAUAAUUAUAAGAAAUGUGCUUUAUAGAUUAAGAUUUAUUGAAGUAUAAAUAUGUAGUAAUGAUAUAAUGUAUUUUAAGUUAUACAAGAAAAUGUAGGGACUUCUGUUUGGGUCUUUUCUCUGGCUGAAAGGAAAUAAGUCAAUCUCCAAUAAAGGUAUAAACUCCUCCACUCUAAGAUAAAACGAUCUUGAGUUGAUUUAUUUAUUUAUAACUGGCUUUCCAAGUAGGCUUUGAGGUGGCAUAUUUGGAAUUCUAGGAUGACAGUUAUUAGAGUAGGUAAGGGGUCGCUCUCAGUGGCUGAAAUUUCAUGCUUUUUUAGAUUUUAUGUCUUUCCUAUAUACAAAGUAGCUUCCAUGUUAGUAAAUUUGUCAUAAAUGCCAAAGAUGUUUGGUAAAAUGUGAGAGCUUAGAAAAAGUAAUAUUAGAGUUGGCAAAUAUGUGUUUGUCUUGCCAGCUCUGAUACCUGUUUAGAAAGAAUUCUGAGGCUAAGGCAAGGCUCUAUGGGGAAAAUGUCUGCAUCCAAAAAAACCGGGUGAUGAUACCCAGGAAAAGGAAGUAGUGGUCUCUGAUCAGGCUAAGUCCCUAGUAGACAAAUUGAUUUAAAAUAACUAGUGAUUUAUGAUUUCAUUUAUACAUUCAUUUAUAUCCACACAGAUAAUAGCAGUUCUGGGGGCCCAGCCUCCGAUCAAGUGGCUUUUGCCAAACGGCAUCUGGUUGGUUAGCAUAGAAGAAGUCAGUGUUAAUGGCAUGCAGACUGCUGAAACCUACCGAAUAGCCACCGAGCAUUUGCUUGUUACUGCUAAAUUUUCUGUUUUCCUUGAGGUAAAACUCCCUACAUUUACACCCAGUUGGCACUUGAUCAUUAAGCACUAUGUCUAUCACAUUUAAGUAAGUCGAAGGGAGGGUUAUACAUAAAGAAAGAAUCUGCAUGCCAGGCAUUGGAUUAGACUGUACCUAUCUCAUUUAGAUUUGUUUGUAGACUAGAAAAGAUUCAAAGAUUGUGUAAUUUGUAUGUGAUCAAGUAGAGCUAAAACUCAAAUCUAGUUCUGUGAACUCCAGGACAUAUGUUCCUCCACAGUGCCAUGAUUAAUGGCUGUUAAACCUUGAUUUUAGGUUUUAUCUUAUGGUUAACAAAUAUGAAAGCUAUUAAAUAUGCUUGAUUGAAUUUUCUUUAGUACAGAAAUGUAAAAUGAAAACAGACAUUCCUUCUCAUAGUCUUACUCAAGUAGUUAUUCUUCCAGACCUAGGCAUAUACAGAUGUAAGCAAAAAUGUGUUAAUAGCUGACACUCGUGGUCGCUGUAUGCAGGCAUGGUUUGAAGUUCUUUAUCAUGGGUUAACUCUUAAUCCUCACAGCAACCAUAUGAGGUAGGUACAUAUCCCCAUUUUACAUGUACUGCACUGAAUCUUGCCUCCCCUCCACUUUGAUACAGACAUUGUUUUUCGUGGCUACAUACUACUACAUUGCAUGAAUAUACUGUAAUUUAUUUAACAGACCCCUUAUUGGUGGAUAAUUUGGUUCUUUCCAGUUUUUAUUGUAGAUAAACGUAUAGUUAACAUCUUUGUACAUAUAUUUUGAUGCCUGUGUUGGUAUUUUUGUAGGAUAAAUAGAAAUGGACAUUUUGGGUCAGAGAAUGUGCACAUUUAACAUUUUAAGAAAUGCCACCCAAAAGAUUGUCCCAAUUUACAGCUCCAUCAAUAGUAAAAGUGCCUAUUUGCCUACACUCCCACCUGAAUCUUUAAAUAUUUUUGCUAAUCUGAUAGGUAAUAUUUAGUUCUUUGAUUAUUAAUAAGGGGGAACAUCUCCUCAUACUUUUAUUGGCCAUUUGCAUUUCCUGUUGUGAAAUGCAUGUGCUCAUUUUUCUUUUUUAAUUAUGAAGUAUAAAUGCCUAUCAGCUCACUGUACAAAACUUAAAUAAUACACAAAUAUAAAAGCAAAGAGACCCUUUUCUCCAGCACCUCUAAUCACAUUCCACUGUCCAUAGUUUAGUUAUACAUCUAUCUAGUCCCUAUCCAUGCAUUUUCAUAUGAUUAUACAUAAACAUAUAAAAGCUAUUUUUUCAUAAAUAGGAUCAUAUAUAUAAAUUGUUCUGCAGCUUGACUUUUUUUUGUCUCAAAUACCUAUUCUUAAGUCUUUAAAUUUAUUUAAUGGUUGAAUAGGAUUCAAUACUAUGAAAAUACUAUUAUUGAACUAUUCCCUUAUUUUGUCUCUUGCUAUUAUGUUGUCAAAGUCUUUUUCCAUAUAUCUUUGUGCAUUUGUGUGACUAGGAUGGAGUUAUAUAAGGUAGAUUUUUGUAUCAAAGGGUAUGUUCUCUGAUAGACCCACUUUAGCCUUCCAAAAGGCUUUUUCAUACCUUUAUAUUUUUACCAACUGUAUGAAAAAUGCUCAUUUCCCCAUAUAGUCUUACCUACAGUUGAUAGUUUUUAUAUGAUGGGCAAAAAAAAAAAAAAAAAUCCUUAAUUGCGUUUCCUUGAUUAAUGGUGUGGUUGAGGUUACUUUCAUGUUUAUUGGCCAUUUAUAGUUCUACCAUGGAUUGUUUGUUCAUAUCUUUUACCUGCUUUCCUAUUGGGUCAUGUGUGGAUAUAUGUUUCUGUUUGUUCAGCAUCUCUUUCCCCAUUUUUUGGUAACAGAACCCUUAUUUAUUGUGGGGAACCCAUUCCCUGUGGCUUAGGUGAGUACAUGACCAAGUCUGGCCUUCCUGAGUCCUGCAGCUCGUUAGCCACAGUGAUUAAAGAAUGGGCAUAUAACUCAAGCCAGGCUAAAGAGAGCCCUCAACAGAACUUCUGGAACUAUUGGAAAGAAGGCUCUACGGAUAUCCCACAAACUAACGACAAUGUAAGCAUGAAGUUGUACCAUGUGGAGAGUCUGAAGAGAAACUCAGAGGCUAGCAGAAAGGAAAGAGAACUAAGUUGUGAUGUCAUUUUUCUGGAGGCCCUAGAUCCAGCUGUGCCUAAAGCCUGCCCUACCUCCGGACUUUAAAGUUUUGUGAGCCAAUAAAGUCCCUUUCUUGUUUAAGAUAAUUGAAUUGGGUUUCUGUCCUGAUUAAUAUAGGUUAUUUGUAUUUUCUUAUUGAUUUGUAGAAAAUCUUUGUAAUAUUAAAUUCCAGACUUAUACUUUAUGCACUAUAUAGGUUAAUAAAAUUAGCAUGGCCUUCCAUUGGCCUCUGUCAA